UGACGAAAUCGCGGCCUUGGUGUUUACGUCAAAGCGUUCCCAAACAGAAGUGGUCAGAUGUGACAGGAUUGUGAGGUUAUACGGAGAAUUGCAAACAUGCAGCCGGGAUGCUAUCUACAGGCGGAACGUCAACCUAUCCCUGCGUUGGCGCUUGCUGCGUGUAUUCCUUCACCACUACGAUUGACAAUUGAUUGUAGAUCAGAAGAGGAUCUCUUACACGUGCCAAAAUCCAGAUCCGCUGAGUUAUCGAGAAGUUUUAGCAGUUCACGCUUCGAUAUAAACUCGUUUUGUAAUUUGAUACACCGUGCGAUCCCGGAGGCUAUAAAGGACGGAAAGUUCGUAACUCUUCCAGAAGCGGACCAAGUCGGUCAUAGCGAUACAGUGGCUGCGGUAGCAGUUGCUCCACCAAGAGGUUUUAUACCUCCAGGCUUACCAAAAUUAAGACCCUCAAGACUUGGCACACCUAGGAUAGAUGUACCAAAACUCAGACCGAUAUUGCACGGUCUAAAAGCACCAAGAAUAGGCCCAACGAUGUCAUUUAGGCAAUCCAGAUAUGAGGACGAAGAAUCGAGUGCGGAGCGAAUGGAGAAGUUCAAAAAAGGUGUUCAGAAAAUGUUGCACGUUGUCAAAGUUAUUGGUAAAAUUGAUCAAUACCUAUCGGAGAGAACGCGGAUUGUAGUUGAUAAAUUAACAAAGACAUUUUCUGAUUGAUUUUUAUGAUAUAAUUUUAAUAUGAUAUAAUUAUUAUACCUACAUUCAUACUGUGCAUUCUUUAAGUUAUCCCUAAAGUGACGUUCAAAAUGACGUCAUGCAUCGCGACACGAAGAAGGGCAUUGUUGAGAAAUACACUCUUGUACAUGCAGCAAAUAUCUGUUCGUGUGGACAACAGACCGUGUGCUCAACUCCGCGUUAUAUAUUAUUAUUACACUGGCCUCACUCAUUUUGGUGCCUAAGAUUUUAGACCUGAUUUUGGGUAUAUUUUGUGAGCUGAUACAAGAAAACUAGUCCCAUUUUUCAUAUCAGCUCUUCUUCAUGAGGAACAUAUAUAUACAUACAUAUUUAAAAAUUUUUUUUUUUUUUUGGAAAUUAUAAUUGAGUGAUUUCUUGAGUAAGAUUGUCCUGGACAAUCACGCAUAAUUCCCCAACAAUAAUCAGUCAUCAUAUGAACAUCCCAUCUGCCUUGGUAUCUGUGCUCUAUUGUUUUUAUAUCAAACAACGUGAGGCUCCCACACCCAAUUGAAAUAAGAAUUGUAGAUAAACCAGAGCUGUCAGCUGACAGUUAGGAGCAACAUUGUAGUUCAUACUAACUACUUAACCGACUAAAGAUGUGAACAGAGCUGCAACAAAACAAUUUUUUUUUGUAGGCCAGUGUCAUUUAACAUAUUAUAGCACCGUUACUAAAAAUAUCACUACAACGGCGUCCAUAUGUGUUUAUAACUGUGUUUCUUACCAGAGUAUGCAUACGUUAAAAAGAUUGCAUAAAAAUGCCAGAAGUCCUCCUCCUAUACGAGUUACAUAUCAACUUUAGGUAGGCAGUGCUUCUGUGCAUGUACAAAGUGCACGCCACUGCUACCGACCUCACCAAGCGACCAAUAAACUUGAUGUUUGGCAUAGAGUUAGUUGACAUGAGCAUGUUCUACUUUCAUCCCAACAAGAAAAGUGGAUUGGUGGACUCCACACGCCUGUGAGAACAUUGAGAAAAAAACUCAGGCAUGCAGGUUUCUUUACGAUAUUUUUCUUCAUCGUUAAAGCAAGAGAUAUUUUUAAUAACUUUAAAUGCACACAACUUAGAAGAGUUAGUCACGGGGUGUCCUAGUUUGGGGUCCGAGUUAAUUUAAAUAAAAAUUGUACUUUUGAUUAAAUAAAAACCAUAAUUAUUAUUACUAACAUGACAGCCCAUUCUCGAUGUUGGAGACCAAGAGAACAACGAUGACAUGAGCGUGCAAGGCGGUGAGCCCAUUUCCCUCAACACGGAGGUCUCAUGGGUCAUCUCAAUGGGGCAUGUCAUUAUACUGACCUUCGAGGCCAUAGCCCUAGGCGUGACAUAACCGGAUUAAAUUUUAAAAAGUUCAAAACUAAAACGUGCACUUUUCCAUUUUCCAUCCAUUAUUCAGGAACGGGGAACCCAUUGAAAUAUACAUACAAAUCGAUCCAGCCGUUUAGAAGAAGUUUGUUGACAUUGCAUAUUAUUUUAUCUACGAGUAUGUAUUUAACAUGUUUCGCACUUCCUGACGAUGUUUCGAUCGCGCGAAUUAUGAAACUACGGUCAGUAAUGUCAACAUUACAUUAGAAAAGAUUAUAAUACAGUGUUUAAAAUGUUUUUAUUUUCUAAUAUUAGGUGUAACUCUUUUAAUUUUUUUUUGUAAGAACCUUCCACAGAAUAUUGAACAACUUCAAAAAAAGACAUCUGAAAUCUGUAAAGUCCACAAAGUUCCCAUGUUACGGCAUGAUCAGGAGAAAUACAGAUUCAUUUAUAUAUAUUAUUAUAUAUAUAUAUAGAUAAAAAUAAUACUAUCGGCACUAUGUGACUGACGUGUUCGUGCGAAAUUUUUAUCGUUAAAAAUCAUUAACGUAUCUAUUAAAAAUUCAUGAAAAGUCAAGGUAAAAAAAUCAUGUUAUUGUAUGUUAAUCAACGAAUGCAAAGUUAUAUGCACAAGCGUGCACUUUAACUAUGUGCAUUAAAACUUGAUUGUUUUUUAUUUUAUUUUAUUUUCAUAUGAUAUGGAAUAUUCAUGUUCAUUAUGUUACUUCGUUUAUGUUUGUCUGUAAAAUACUGCAAUUAAACCUUUUGCCAACGCUA